AGAACACAGUUACCAAAGAUGGCGAAACAUUGAUAACAAAAAGCAAUAUAUUCUUUACAAAUAGUAUUAUUUCGUGAAUAAGCUGCUGGAAAAAACGUUUAGAAUCUUCAUAGAUUAAGUAAUUGUGCCCGGUUAGAAAAACAACAAGGGUUUACAAUGUCGGAGAUGAGUGUUUUACAUCAACGGUUAAGCUCCGUCAUGGACAUUCUAGCCUCCGCUGCCGUGACAGAGAUUUGCAAAUUAGUAGAGGAUUGCUGUGGAGCGUUAAGUGUAGAAGUCUUUCAAGGCAAAGAGCAAAUCAAAAUGCUAGAGAAGCAACUCAGCCUGACUGAGUCGAGGUAUAGGUCGGUGAGUGGCAUAGAAGGGCAGACGCUUGUUACCUGUGGUUCAUCGAGAACCAACAGUCCUUCGGGCAAUUCCCCCGCGGCUGAUGCUGAAGACGAAGAUUUCCAGCAGUUCAUUGUCUCUGAAGAGGAGUUUCCCCCUGAGCAGCAGCAUUAUAAGCAGGAGUGGAGCCCCAGUCUGGGGAAAUAUAAUUGGAACCCCAUACAGAUUAAAGAGGAACAGGAGGAAUUUAGUGUCAUCCAGGAGGAGGAAGACUCUGUAUUCACUCCUGCCUGGGUGAAAAGUGACUAUGAUCAGUACCCAACUCAGUCCUCACAAACCCAAAGUGAAGAAUACAAAGACAGAAUGGCCUCAACAGAACAGAUCAAAACAGAACCUAAGGAAGAUGAUUCCUCAGAGACAACCAGUGACUAUCAUCCCCAGUGCAAAUUAAAGAAGACAUGGACAGAAAAAGGACAAAGCUCGAAUGGUAGAAAAUCCAUGGAUCUGAAAUCACCAGUGGAAAGGAGACACACAGAAGAUAAAUCAUUUUGCUGUAGUGAUUGUGGUGAAUGUUUUUCUCAGAUGGGAACACUGGAUUCUCAUAUGAGGACCCACACACGGGAUAAAUCGUAUCACUGUCAGGAUUGUGACAAAGUAUUCACUCGGAUUGACUGCUUCAAAUUGCACAGGAAGGCCCACACAGGAGAGAAACCGCACCGCUGUGGUGAAUGUGGCAAAUGUUUUUCUCAAGUUGGGUAUCUGAACUAUCACAUAAAGACUCACACAGGGGAGAAACCUCAUCGCUGUCAUGAUUGUGGCAAAUGUUUCUUUCGAGUUGGUGAGCUGACACUUCAUAAGAGGAUUCACACAGGCGAGAAACCACAUCGCUGCCAGGUCUGUGGCAAAUGUUUUGCUCGUCCUAGUAAUCUGAGUUCUCACAUUAGGAUUCACACAGGGGAGAAAUCUUAUAGCUGUCAUUACUGUGGCAAAUAUUUCCGUCAUAAAGGUAAUCUGACAACGCAUAUGAGGAUUCACACGAGGAAAAUCACAUCAUUGUCGCUAUAGUAGCAGAUCUUUCAGCACUGGCGGUAGUCACAUGAGUUCAUGAGGAUAAUCACAUGAAAGAUAAACUAUAUUGCUGUCAGGAUUGUUGUAAAUAUGAAACUAAUUGUUUGAAUCUGAAUUAACUGGGGAGACGGAGAGGAAGCGACCACAUUACUGCCAUGACUAGAAAAUAUUUCAUGACUGCCUUUGUUUGACAUUGUGUAUGAGCCAUUCACACGGGAGGAAUCUUACAAGCGUCUGUCAAAUGCUUAAGUGCCAAAAGUGCAUUGAAUUGUCAUCAGAAUAGACACUGAAAAUAAACUAUUUAGGUUAAGUCAUGAUUGCUUCAAAACAAAGCAAUGCUUAAGCGGACACAUGGACAUCAGUCAGACGAUUGAGUCACAUUUUGAAACUUCCACCUGUGAGUGGAGAUACGGUUCUUGGGUGAAUAAUAUACUCUUGUCUUUUGCUUUUUGUAAUACUACAAAUAGUUACUAUUGUUCAUAGUUUUAUACUUGAUUACAUUGUAUAGUCAUCUUUAACUUUCCAUGUGAACCCUGCACAAUAUCUGUCAAAUAAUUAAUCCAACGAUAGUGAUACGAUUAUUUUGAUCUGAUAAAGCCUACGUUGAUGCAAGCUGUAAUCGAGUCUAGCUCAAACGGUCACUUGAACUGGUCCAAUUGAAUCCAUUAGAAACCAUUCGAUUCCAGUUCAGCCCACGAGACACCAGUAACCAUUCUAUACCUGAACUAACUGGAAUUUCCCCUAGGGAAUUGAUGCAUUGUUUAUGUACGCAUGUAUGAUACCUACUUAAGUGUGUUAUUGUGUGUUUUGCCCCCUAUAUAGUACUGUCUUCCUUGUAUG